AUGUACGGCGGAGGUGUGCUCUGCCCGUCGCCCUCGACGGCAACCGGGUUCUACAACCCGCGUGGCCAGGGCUCCGAAAUUGGUGCCCUCGAGCUGGGGUUCCCCCGGGGGAUGGCCCUAGUACCGCCGCCGCCCCACGGUGCCUGGCGUGAUCCUUCCAGUCUGGCAGGAACGCACCUGCCGGUGGCGAGUAGCGCGACCUCGGCCACGGGUGACGACAUUACCACGCUCGGGCAAGGGCCACCGGGGCAGGCUGGUGGUGGAUCGGUCGUACCCGGCAUGCAGACCUCCUCGUCGUCCUCGAGUGGGGGGGCGCAGGACAAAAAGGACUUUAUCUCGUCCUCGUCCGGUGGCUCGUCGCUUGCAAGCGUCGGACCGCACCCCUCGGGAAUCGAGAAGAAGGAGUUCCUGUCGCUGCAGCAAAGCACCACGCCCGGCUCGCAAAGCAUGAACUCGCAGAACGGGCAGGACCUCAAGAACCAGAACAUCGAGUGCGUCGUGUGCGGGGACAAAAGUUCCGGCAAGCACUACGGCCAGUUUACGUGUGAAGGCUGUAAAUCGUUCUUCAAGCGCUCAGUGCGACGAAAUCUCACCUACUCCUGCCGGGGCAACCGAAAUUGCCCGAUCGAUCAGCACCAUCGGAACCAGUGCCAGUUCUGCCGACUGCGAAAGUGCCUCAAAAUGGGAAUGCGACGUGAAGCCGUCCAGCGAGGUCGAGUUCCACCAUCGCAACCACCGGGCAUCCCGUACGGUCAGUACUCGAUACCGAACGGUGACUCCGUGACCGGAUUCAACGGUCACUCGUACCUUAGUUCCUACAUUUCGCUGCUGCUGCGAGCGGAACCGUAUCCGACCUCGCGCUACGGCCAGUGCAUGCAGACGAACAACAUCAUGGGCAUCGACAACAUCUGCGAGCUGGCCGCCCGGUUGCUGUUCUCCGCCGUCGAGUGGGCCCGCAACAUACCAUUCUUUCCGGAUCUCCAGGUCACCGAUCAGGUGGCGUUGCUGCGGCUCGUUUGGUCCGAGCUGUUCGUGCUGAAUGCGUCCCAGUGCUCGAUGCCACUGCACGUGGCCCCGUUGCUGGCCGCGGCUGGGCUUCACGCGUCACCGAUGGCCGCCGACCGGGUUGUCGCCUUCAUGGACCACAUCCGGAUAUUCCAGGAGCAGGUCGAGAAGCUGAAGGCGUUGCACGUCGACUCGGCCGAGUACUCCUGCUUGAAGGCGAUCGUGCUCUUCACCACAGAUGCUUGUGGGUUGUCGGACGUGGCGCACAUCGAAUCGCUGCAGGAGAAGUCCCAGUGUGCGCUGGAGGAGUAUUGCCGGUCCCAGUAUCCCAACCAACCGACCCGGUUCGGCAAGCUGCUGUUACGUCUUCCCUCCCUAAGGACAGUGUCCUCGCAGGUCAUAGAGCAGUUGUUCUUCGUCCGCCUGGUGGGCAAAACGCCUAUAGAAACGCUCAUCCGCGACAUGCUGCUGUCGGGCAGUAGUUUCUCCUGGCCCUACCUUCCAUCGAUGUGA